AUGACGUCACCUCCCUCACAUGCGCAGCAGGGGGCGCCUCUCCGCUUCAGAGCCACGAGCAGCACAGGAGCCCUGCAGGAGCCCCUGAUGCUGCUCGAAUUUCCCUUCAGUCAAACACGAGCCUGUGACACCAUGGCUUUGGUUAUGGAGCCUAUAAGUAAAUGGACGCCAAAGCAAGUCCUGGACUGGAUGAAAGGUCUGGAUGACUGUCUUCAGCAGUACGUGAAGAGCUUCGAGAGGGAGCAGAUGGGCGGAGAACAGCUGCUGCACAUCACACACCAGGAGCUGGAGGAGCUGGGGGUCACCAGGAUCGGACACCAAGAGCUCAUCCUGGAAGCGGUGGACCUGCUCUGCGCCCUGAACUAUGGCCUUGAAACAGAGAACCUCCGCACCCUGUCACACAAACUCAAUGCCUCGGCCAAAAACCUACAGAACUUCAUCCUCGGGCGGCGGAGGGGCGGCCACUACGACGGGAGGGCAUCCAGGCGGUUACCCAACGACUUUCUCACCUCUGUGGUGGACCUCAUCGGGGCGGCCAAAAACCUGCUGGCAUGGCUCGACAGGUCUCCUUUUGCCAGUGUCACCGAGUACUCAUUACUGAAGAACAACAUUGUGCAGCUUUGUCUAGAAUUAACCACUAUUGUACAACAGGAUUGCACUGUGUACGAAACCGAGAACAAAAUCCUACAUGUGUGUAAAACCUUAGCGGGCAUCUGCGACCACAUCAUCUCUCUGUCCUCCGACUCCCUGGUGUCUCAGUCGGCCCAUCUGGAGGUGGUCCAUCUCACCAGCAUCUUACCCAACGAAGGCCUGGGCAUGUACAUCAAAUCCACGUACGAUGGUCUGCACGUCAUCACCGGCACCACGGAGAAUUCUCCGGCCGAUCAGUGCAAGAAGAUCCACGCAGGGGACGAGGUGAUCCAGGUCAAUCAUCAGACGGUGGUGGGCUGGCAGCUGAAGAACCUGGUGAACGCCCUCAGAGAAGACCCAUGUGGCGUCAUCCUCACUCUCAAGAAACGGCCCCAAAACACGCUGAGCUCCACCCCAGCGCUGCUCCGGAACGUGCGCUGGAAACCCCUCGGCCUGCAGCCCAUGCCCACCAGCCCCACCAGCACCUCUCCCACCCCCGUCGGGACAUUGGGGAUGUCCAAAAUGGAUGGCCCGAACAUGCAGGACGUGUACAUCCUGUCCCCAGUGUCUGGACUGUACGGCACCAGAGACGAGAUGGGCCUCAUGUCCUGUGACGACAUCAGCCGCUACAGCUCCCAACCGCCCUCCAAAGGCUCCGAGGCGGUCAGCUACUACCUGGACCAGGAGAGUGGACAGUACUUUUCUCUGCUGGAGGGAGAAGGACCCCUGGGACCUGAUUAUGACCGAGGGCGAAAUACAGGCGUCCGCAGAAGAGACAAGACUCCUACUCACGGUGAUCACAGACCCGUUUCCAUGCCUCCCGAAUAUAACUGGAUGAACGAGCCCAAGGAACCAAGCAUGGGCAAGAGAGGGAGCAGAGACUCAGACAACUCGUUGCUCCGAUACCUGAGCGAUGACAAAAUCCUGGUGAUCGAGGAGGAGCCCGAAGGCCCGGGGCGAGAGAGCAGGAGAGACUCCACCAGACGCUCCCGACGCAAGAGCCGGAAUCCCAGCAGCCCCAGCUUCCCCCUCAGCCCCUCCCUGCUGUCCUCCACCCUGCGCCUGGACCAGCCCCUGGACGCACUAUCGCGAGGGGUGGACACACUGCGAGCAGACACCACGGACAGCAGGUACUCUGGAUCCAGCAGCUCAGGAGCCGCCUCAAUGAGAAAGUCAUUUCAUUACACAUCCCUACGGACGAAAACCAAAAAGAAAAAAGGCUCCCUGACCAGUGCCAGUCGGAGGAGGAUCUCGUGUAAGGACCUGGGCCACGGAGACUGUGAGGGAUGGCUUUGGAAGAAGAAAGACGCCAAAGGAUAUUUCACACAGAAGUGGAGAAAGUACUGGUUCAUCCUAAAAGAGUCCUGUCUCUACUGGUACACCAAUCAAAACGACGAGAAAGCUGAGGGCUUCAUCAGUCUCCCCGAGUUCAGAAUAGACCGCGCCAUCGAGUGUCGGCGGAAAUUCGCCUUCAAAGCCUGCCAUCCCAAAAUCAAGAGCUUCUUCUUCGCCACAGACUGUCUGGAGGAAAUGAACAGAUGGAUGAACAGACUGGGGCUGGCUGCUAUUGGCUACACACCAGACGACCCUGUGCCACGUCCAGAUGAAGAUUAUUGGAGUGAAAGUGACCAGGACGACGUGGACGGCUCCAUGACCCUGAAACAAGAGGGCCCCUCCUCCAUGUGCGACACCUACCACCGCACUCCGUCGGCCAACUACCUCCAUACGUAUGACCACUUACCCCGCUCCGUCAGCUCCAUGAGUCUGCUCCGCUCCACGCCAUCCCCCCGCCCCAUCCCGCUAUCGAUGAGCGCAUCCACGUCCCCUAUCCCCCCACAGAUGGUUUGUUCCACGUCCCCUCUCCCCCUGCAGGUCAACUCCUCCAGCCCGUUCCCGGAGCCCAAGCACGGACGCCACUUCUCCAGCGAGUCCACGCACUCCCACUCUUCGGCGGAGGACCAGAGGGGAGACGGCAUGGGCAUGGGCACGGGCAGCACCAGCACCCACUCGUCGGGGUGUCGCUCCACGCACCGGGAGAGGAGAUCGUGGCAAGACUUAAUCGAGACGCCUCUGACCAGCGCCGGGCUUCACUUCCUCCAAACGGCGCCCGGCGACACGGACUACGGGCACAUGGGGACGAUGACAGCCGACAUGGGGAUUUACGGAGGGUUGGGCAGGCAGGGGAUGUCUCCGGAGAGGCGCAGGCAAGCCACCCUGCCCGUCCGCAGGCACCACGCGGCCGAACGGGACAGGGAGCGGGACGGGCCCUUCCCUUUGGAGAGGGGUCCCCACAGCCACAGUCACACGCACAGACGCUCGUCCCAUAAGCAGAGGAGCCAAAGUCUGCCCCGAAACAGAGACCCUAUGCCUGGCAAGCUUCUCCACACCAGCGCGGCGCAUGUGGAGGAGAGGAGCGAGGACGAGGAGGGAGACAGUCAGGCCGAUAUGCUGGAGGCCGAAGAGGACCUGCGCGAGCUGCGAGUGGAGAGCAGGGAGAGGAGAGUGUCGGAGGCUCGCGAGCGGAGGGUCUCGGAUGGCCGGGACCCCCUGGAGAGCCUGGAUGGUCUGGAGCAGCUCUACAGGUCUUUGGAGCAGGCCAACGUCACGGCUUUAGGAGACCCCCGCCCCAGCAGCAGGCAGGACCUGAGGCGCUGCUUCACCCACCGAGCCAGAGACCCUCUCCUCAACGACAGACUCCACCGUGUGAGAGCCCUGCGGAGCACGCUCAAGGCCAAAGAGUCGGAGUUGGCGGUGAUCUGUGCGCUGCUGGAGGAGCCGGCGUUGUGCUCCCAGACCUUCAGAGAGUGGAAACAGUGGCACAGCGACCUCUUCUCUGAGAUCUGUCAACUCAGCCCUGGAUCCAACGGACAGGACGAGCUCUCGCCACUGGGGGCGCCACUCAUGACCCACACACACUCCUUCAUCGAGACGCACGUUUAA